UUCACAUUAAUAGCGAUCCUCCUCCCGGCGUGAAGAUUGAUCAUCUUCAUCAUCUUGAUCUUUAUCACCAUCCUGCUAACCUCAGCAUAAAUUAUCCAUCGUGGACUCGCUUAGUCCUUUGAAAGUUGGCUAGCCACACGCUCAAACAUAUUAGCUACACUCACACACUCCUGCGGGAUUGAUCUGGACAAAAUGCCACUCAGGUGCGGUGCUUUCACAUUCCUCUGGAUCGCCCUCGGUCUCUCCUUGAGUGCUCCUACUCAGGAAGUGUCUGCAGGGCGAAUAUUCAUGUACAUGAAUGUCGGCUCCAAGAGCCAUUGGUUCACUUGGCGGCCUUUGGCGGUGGCCUUGGCCAAUAAAGGCCACCACUUGACGAUAGUGUCCCCCUUUCCCGACCAGUUCUUGGGCAACCACUCCCAUGUGGAUUUCAUCGUGACGGGUCAUGACUUGGCUCAUGAUCAGUUCUCCAAGGAUGUGUUCGCUCAAGCCUUCAGCCCCACCCAGUUCCAACGGAUUGAAGCCAUGCUGGUUCAGGCUCAGAACAACACAUUCCACAACCCGAGAUUCCAGCGAUUGCUCAACAAUCAAACGCAUUUUGAUGUGGCGUUCAUCUCGCCAGACUCCAUCGAUGUGGGCUUCUAUGCGGCUCUAAAACUGUUUCAUGCGCCCAUCAUCUAUUAUCAUUCCGCCACGAGACUAGCCAUCGUCGACAAAGUCGUGGGUAACCCCAUUGAACCCGCGUUUGUGCCUAACACGAUGUCGAGUUUUAGCCAGAAAAUGGACUUUUGGCAACGGCUUCAAAACACAGUGGGCGUGACGGCCAUCACCAAUAUCUUCGGCUAUAGAAUCUUGGGCCUUUUGAGCCAUCAUCUCCGUGAUCUGCUCCAUUUGGACCAAACUCCAGAUCUUUGGUCCAUGGCUCAUGAGGGCAACUUUGCCUUCUACAAUGGUCACCCUCUCUUUGACGGAGUUCGACCCACCAAUCCCAAUACUCAAUUCAUUGGUGGCAUUCACACCCGACCAGCCAAACCACUGACCGGUCUGUUGAGAAAUUGGGUGGAUGAAUCCCGACAAGGCGUGGUUUAUGUCUCUUUCGGAUCCGUGUUGAACACAAGUAUAAUGCCGGAGAAGACUCGUGACUUGUUCCUCCGUGUUUUUGCUCAAUUGAACCUGCGAGUGAUUUGGAAAUGGGAGACCGGUCAAAUCGCCAAUGUGUCCGACAAUGUGCUUUUGUGUCAAUGGUGUCCCCAGCAGGAUCUAUUGGGUCAUCGGAAUGUCAAGCUCUUCCUCUCUCAUGGGGGUCUGUUGGGCACCCAAGAGUCCCUCUACCACAACAAACCCAUGUUGUUCCUUCCCGCGUUUGCCGAUCAGUUCAUGAACGCCAAACGUGCUCAAGAAUUAGGUUACGGACAGACCUUGCAUUGGGAAACCCUCACGGAGAAAGAUCUUCUAUCAGCCAUUGAAAGGAUGCUGAAAGUACCCAAAUACAAGGCCAAUGCAUUGAAAUACGGCGCCAUCUUCCGGGAUCAACCCAUUCAGCCCAUAGAUAAGGCGGUUUACUGGACGGAGUUCAUCAUGCGCCACAAGGGAGCGCCUCAUCUGCAAGUGGCGCAUACUCAUCUGAAUUGGUUCCAGAAGAACCUCGUGGAUGUGUACGUGUUUCUGGUGUUGUCUUUCAUUGUCAUUGUGUCUGUUCUUGUCAAAGCUUCCUCCUACCUGUAUCAGUAUUUAUUGAAGCCCAUCAUGUGUUCCCUGUCUCAAAUGAAUAAAGUUAAACUGUCAUAAAUCUCAACCAACGCCAUCCAUAUAAGGAGCAUUUUUCCAAAUCAUGUUGAAACGUCUUUGGCGAUCAGGUUAAGCUAGAACAAGGGCCUUGG